AUGGACACGAGCUCUAUAGCGCCAUGGCAGUUGGUGGCCCCUUCUGCGCAAACGGAGGAUCUAAGUUGUGCCGGUGCAUUGAACCAAUCAUUGGGUAGCGCCAGCCAGUUGCUGGGUGACACCAGUGCUCAGAGCUUCCUUGAUUUGGAUGAGACUCUCUAUAGCGGUGCCAGAGGAAAGAUAAGAGGCAUAAAUGGCGAUGUGGAAGCACCAGGCAAUACCAGCGCAUCAGCCCAAGUGCUAGGCGACACCAACAAGCUGCUAGGUGGUGCCAAUGUUUUGGGCAGCGUUAUGAGGACGAUGGGCAGCAACGACUUAGGCUUGGGGGAUGCCAGUCCUAUCUCCAGGGGUUUUGGUAGCACCAAUCUAGCAAUGAAGACCUUGGGAUCAACCCAGACAGAUGGUGCUAGAAGGCAGAUGGAACUGGAAGGCAAGAGGCGAGGCAGGGAGAGAGGCAGGCAACACCUUGGCAUAGGCGAGGAGGUUGGCAAUCUACCUAGGCAAUGCCAGCUAGCUAGCCUAAGUGACGCCAGCCAGCCUGUUGGGCCACGCCAAUCAACCCAGGCACUUGCGCUGAUAGGCACAGACAUUGAGGGGAAUGGCACGACGAUAUGGGCAACGUCAUUG